AUAUCAUAACGCUUAGUUUUUAGUUUACUAUAAUGAUUUUAUUCAAAUAAAAUUUUCUCUUUUUUUAUUUUUUUAAUCAUUUUCUCUCCUAUCUUCUUUUUGCAAUCUUUAUUAUUCUCAUCAAAACAACAUUAUUGUGAUUCGUGGUUUAUCUUCUUCUUUAAAUUACUUGAUCAUUUUCAUCAACACAAAACGGCAUCCAUAAAAGAUAUCGGGAAGGCUUACAAGAACCUUGUUAUGAAAUGGAAUUACGAUAAAGGUAAUUUGAACAAGCAUGACAUUGUUUCUAAAUUCGAAGAUAACAAUCAAGGUUUUAAGAAUUCCAGCAACACAAAAAUGGAACAUCGAUGGAGCGGUCCAACAACUUGUACAAACAAAGGAAGUUUACACCAUAAACACAGUAUGGAUGAUAGUUUUUUUGUAAGGUCUCCAUCUUUGUUUUCACAUACUGUUAGUAGAAGAAGCCAAACCCCAUCACCAUACUUGCAUAGAAAUCAUAGUCGAUCGCCCGACAUAAUAGAUUCUAACAGAAGAAAUACUAGCAGAAACGGUGCAAUAAGUUCAUCACCAACAGAAACUCCAAUUUCAUCUUUUAGUAAAUUAACCAGUCACAAUCAUUCAAAUACACCUUUCGUUUCCGGUGAUUUAUCAAAAAGUACAAGUCGUAGAAGCACAACUCCAAUAAUAUUUUCCCAAUCAACAACGCGGAAGAAACCACAACAUGUUGAAAAGAGGCUCGAGUGCUCACUGGAAGAACUAUGCUUUGGUGGUAUUAAGAAAAUAAAGAUAACCAGAGAUGUUAUCUCUGAUAUUGGGAUAAUUGUUCAAGAGGAGGAAACUUUACAUAUCAAUGUUAAGCCAGGUUGGAGAAAAGGAACAACUAUAAAAUUUGAAGGAAAAGGAGACAACAAACUAGGUUAUCUACCAGGAGAUAUUGUAAUUACGAUUGAUGAGAAAAAACAUCCUCUAUUUAAAAGAGUGGGUGAUGACUUAGAGUUGGGAGUUGAGGUUCCUUUCCUCAAGGCUCUUGUUGGAUGUAACAUAACACUGCCAUUAUUAGGAGGGAAAAAUAUGUUUUUCAGAGUUGAUGAUGUGAUAUAUCCGGGGUAUGAAAAAGUUAUCCAAGAUCAAGGGAUGCCUAAAUCUAAUGUGUGCGGACAACGAGGUGACCUAAGACUUAAGUUCAUUGUUCAUUUUCCCCUAAAUUUAAGCAAAGAUAAGUGUAUAAAAGUUUGUAAUAUCUUAGAAACUUGUUUCUGAUAUGUAAGUUUUUGUUAAUUAUAAAUUUUAAUGAUAUAUAGAACCUUUUAGAUUGUAAAUAAGAAUUUGAUAUAUUUUGGUAAUAUAAUGAUAAAAUCACAAGUCGGUCCAUGUUACUAAUUA